CUGCUGUGGAGCUUUAAAAACAUCAUUUUGAUCGGUCGUGAUAGAAAGUGAAGGCACGCACUAGACGAUCUUUAAUCCAAUUUUUAAGUCAAACGACGUUGAAGUUUUUCUCUCAUCAUGAAAAACGCAGCUUUAGAAUGCGUUCAAUCCUGGAAUGCAGAUUUCGUUGAAAACAAUCUCAAGGAUUGCUUAGAAAAACUGAGUGACUAUGAAACCUGGCAAAAGGUAAGUCUUUACUCGGCCACGCAUUCACACCAUUACAAGGAAGGUCAGCUGGUCAGGAUUCAGGGCAUGAUCCAGGAUAUGCACAACCCUGAGUACUAUGUCUCCAAAUAUACAGUCUGCAACAAGGCCACUGGGACCAAAACCGUGCGAUCCGGCAAAUACAAGGACGUAAUGAGAGUUGAGCCUGGAGAAAGCGCCAGGUGUGCCAAAGAUGGCAAGGACGCUAGAGAACGACAGAACCUUUUCUGCAUCCCUAUUCCUGCCUUGAACAAGUGGGCGCUUGACAUACACAAGCAAAAUGUUGCUUUGCCGGAAAUCCAUGCGGAAUUCGGCCAAAGCCAAGGGGUGAAAAGGAAGGAAAUGGAUGAGGAUCACAAUGAUGAAGAAAUGGUAUGCGAAGAUAGCUUCAAGGAGGUGAAGAAAACUGAAGUCAGGAUUGAAAAUGUGGCGCCCACCAGCAGUGCAAGUGAAAACCAGUCCCCUCAGAACUUGGACGACAUCAAGAAUUUCAGUUUCCCUGUCAAAAACGUAGAGGGCCAGCCGUUUUACCUCAAAGUCUACGAAUACGAUCAGUCAACUGUGAUGAACAGCAUGGUGGAGGUGGUGGGUUUCUUAUCAGCCGACCCAGCUAUAUCCUACGUGGAGGACGACAUGGAGGAGAGCGGGAAGAAGCUCCCGGCCUCCUUGAUUCCCCGCUUGCAUGUAGUCUGCCUAAAGAAUGUGGAGCACUGCAAUCCUCUGCUUCCCUCUUUCAACUUCUCAUCUGAUGCAGCGCUUGCUUUUGCAAAUGCCCAGGCAGCGGUGUGCGACCUCAAGAUUAUUUUCACACCUUUGCUGUUGGGGGACAAGCUUGCUGUCGACUUUCUUAUUUGCAAUCUGCUAUCCAAAGUGUUUGUGAGGAAAGAUGUGACUCAGUUAGGUCACUUAUCUCUCAACCUUCAUGAGGUGCCAAAAAUGACUGGAUAUGUGGAGAAAUUUUACAGCAUUCUUGAACAGCUGGUGACAAAAUCACACUACUUUCCCCUCACAAUUGAAGUGCUCAACUCGACGCCUUUCGUUCCCAAGAAGGACUACACAUGUGACAAACUGAGAAGCGGCCUUCUGCAGCUAUCCCAGGGAACGUUUUUGGUGUUUGAUGAGACUAAAAUGACUGUUGGUCAACUCCUUGACUUGGGAACUAAAAACGUGAUGGCUCUGAAGAGCUUUCUGGAGCGCCAAGAGGUGGAAUACGAUUUUCAAUUUUACGCGACGCCUUUCCAAACUGAUUUGUCAAUCAUAAUAUUUUCUGAAAGGAAAUCCCUGUUUGAAUGUGAUGCGCGGGUUCCACUUGAGAGCGACCCUGAAGCUGUGAAGGCGUUGGAGGCCUCGUUUGAAGCGGCUGUUUUGUACCUCAGGAAUGACGAAGUCACCACCAGAAUCAGGCGUUUCUUGACCGCCGCGCAGCUGGCCAAUUAUGAGAUUCCGGAGAUUGUUCAAACGAGAGUUCAAGAAGACUUUGUCGAAAUGCGCCAGAGGGACAAAAACUUCACUGGCGAUGAUUUGCAUAUUGUGCUGAACUUGGCCAGGUUGCUAACCCUGAGCACUGGAGCACAAGCGCUGACUGCUGAAAUCUGGAAGCAAGCAUGCGCCAUGGAAGGGGCGAGGAGGGCGCGACUUUAACAUUAAGGUUAGGAUCAUCAAUAUCAUAGAAAUCAUGUUUGGAUUUUGUAACGGUUCAGGAGCACAGUCCUGCCCUUUUUUGUUAAUCAACAAUUUUCGGUGAUUUGAAUUAUUAUUGUAAUUUUUCAUCUGCAAAAAGAUGAUUUUAAAAGAAAGAAUUCAGUUUUCGCCUGUAAGCCACAAGGUGCGUUUAAUAUAUUUAUAUUUUGAAACAGA